GUAUACUUCAGAUCCGUACUAUAGAAAUAAUAAACCAGGUAUGUACCGUAAUUUACCGUAGGGAUCGCAACUUCUAAUAGUAUAGAGAAGACUUUACAGCCUCACGAAAUCUUCCGAAUCGCAGUAAUAUCAAUAACAAUAAUGACUUCCCGGACGUAAAGGAGCUCUUAUUGGACAUAUGGCGAAAGAGUAUACUAGCAAGCGAGGACCUAAACGUCCUACUAGUUCUAGUCGCUCUACGGCAGAAAGUAGUCGAGAUCCCAUUAUCCUCAGUAACGACGAAUCUGUAAGCGCCGAGUCGGAAACCGACUAUAGCAAUCUUGAAGUCGACCUUAUAGCUAAAAGCGAUUUCUCUUCUCCAUACAUUACAGAUUGCGAUAUGGUGGACGGUGAGGGCUUCGACUCCGGAACCGUAUAUAUUUCUAAUCGUCUUAUCGCCGACCAUCAAGAUAAUAGUAACGAUAGUAACAGCGGUCUAGCCGAUGGCGCAAGACUCCAGCUUGCUGCUAGCCUUCCAAGGUCAGCCUCCCCUGGCCAAGGGUCCGUUACACACCAAGCUAGCCCCAAACGGGUCAAUACCGAGAUGAUACAAGGGAGUGCAAGCUAUGGUGGCCUCGAUGUUACUAAGGGGGCGGAAGAGGAGGAUAUUGAUGUCUUGUCCGAUAAUGAAGACGGUGCCGAUACCUACUCUACGAAGACAUUAGGGUCGUCUGCUAUCUCUAGCGAAAAUCCAGCCUCCGAUAGCAAUAUUUCCCUUCCUUUAGCCGCUCUACUGGUAGCUCCGGCCAAGGAACAAGAGGUCCGCGACAUUGACCAAAGAAUGGUUGACGAUGGAGGCACCGACGAUUCUAACGACGAAUAUUAUGAUGAUAUGAGCGAUACAGCAGCUUCCGAGACACGACGCCCACCACGGUCUCGGAAACGGGUCAAGCGAGCGAAAGACAUGGAACACAACGAUGUAGAAACCCCUUCUACCCAUUCCCCCAACGUGUUAUAUCAAGCGACUAUAGCCACCUCGUCUGUAAAUAUGCAGGAGAGCGAACAGAGCGAACAGAUCCCCAUCCAUGGAUACUUGAUACUAAAGACCAUCGAAUCGAAAGUCGUGUACUGUCUCACAUUUUCUCAAGAACUUUUACCGGAACCUAGUAGAAUAUCGCAGAGACAAGGCAUUCCCAGGAGCGUCUCUAGUAGCAGGGACAGGAGAGACUCGGAACGGUUGCCUGUGCAAGAGCGGGCUAUAAGCAGGCCCGCCAGGAAUUCGCGAUUUUCGUACGAUAAUGACGAACUUCUACGGCAACUAAAAGGAGAGGGUUUUAUCAUGGGAUGAGAUUUC